AUGGCCCGAGGAGUGGUAUUCACACUUUCUAAACCUCGCAAUUCUCCACUGUGUGCCUCGGGAGCUGUGGCCGUUGGGAGCCAGCGCAGCAGCGAGGCGUGCAGGCGUGGUCCUGGGGGUGACCCCAGUCCCCAGCCCUGCAGCUGUGCCUCCCAUGUCACGCACAAACCUCAAUGUGGAAAAGCUACGUGAUGGGCUUCACACCAGGAGCAAUUCCUAUCCAGACUACGGGAUAUAGUCCUAAGAUGCACUGGGGAAGGUUCAGAUUUUGGCAAUAUUCAGCAGUCAGAGGACAAGCUGUUGGAGUACUUGGGAGGGGUGAUCUAUGAAGCCCUGGACUGGGGAAUUGACAGCCAAAUGGAGCGAAAACUGAGUGAUCCUUUGGAGAAACUGCUGUGCCUCAUGUUGAAACUGGAUGACAGGGCAACAGAACCACCAGUCACCCUGCAGGAUGUUAUCAAGGCCUGUGAGGAGCACUUGUCCACGCCUUCUGAGGCUACCAGCCAUUAUGAAAUGACCUGUAAGAAUCUGUUUACGGACUAUAUGGAAUUACAGAAACUUGUGACCAUCAUCCAGACCUCCAAAGAAAGACUGAGAAAAAUGGAUGUGGAAGGUUGGGUGGAAAAUCCCAUUCAAAAGAAGAAAACCUAUCGUGCAUUCCUGUGUCCCAGUGUCAUCUCUGAGCUGAAGGCUGGUGUGAGGCUGCGCAAGGCUGCUGAGCGACCACGGCGCUGCAUGUCUCCAAAGGAACGUGUUCGCUCUCCCUAUGAGCUGCUUUUGGAUGACAUUCAGCACAAGAGGUACACCCUGCGGAAGGUGACCAUCAAGCAAAAACACAGGACCCCCAAAGCUGAUGUAGCUUCUCUCGAGCCUCAUCUACAGCUGAUGUUGAAGGUGAAGCUGAAACAGUGUGUGCCACAGGAGCCCAGGUGGCAUGAACAGCUCAUGGCAGAAGUAAAACAACCACCGAAGCCUUGGGCAGCAGCAGCAGAAGCACAGGAAAAGAGGAGCAGGCCCAAAGAAAUGCUUGUGGCAUCAAAUACUGCCUGGAACUCUCCAAGUGACAAUUUCUUACAUCUCCAAGAUGCCAGUACUGAGUUUAAAAUUGCCAACACUAAAACACAGCAGCUGGGAGCAGGAGCUCAGAUUAUGAACGUCCUGUCCUCUGAUCUACAGGAAACCACUCCCAAGCUGCCUGCCAGUACCUGUCUUUCCUCCACCAGGCCAUCAGGAGUAUCCUGCAUCAGCACAGGUCUUGCUGCAAGUUGCACUCCUCCCAUGAGUGCACCCCUACCAGGAGACAUUAAGCCUAAGUGUUUCCUGAGCACUAGCCAAUGGCAGCUGCCUCCUUACAGAGGAAGGUCCAAAUCUUUAGAGAGAAGCCUUCAAAGCAAGGAGCUUGACUGUCCCUUUCCUACCGAGUGGCCAUCACCAACCAUUGCUGAGCUGAUUGGAACCAGAUAUGCUGUGAUGGUGCUCGAAGAGCAAGGCCUCUUCCAAGGAGGUAGUGAUGGUGAUUUGCCAAGAGCAAAGAUCUGUUUCAGCUGCCAUAAGCAGAUGUUUCUUAAGUGGCCUUACCAAUGUUACCUCUGCAGCAGGGUUGUCUGCUGUGACUGCUGCAUUAAGAUGUCCAUGCCCUUCAGAACUUGUGUACAUCUCCCACUUCAAUUCCUAAAAUUUUUGAGACUGUCUGGAGAGAAGGAUCCAGCUACUCAGGAACAGAAGAGCUCCAAGUUGCUACAUGAAAUAGAGCAGCAGCAGUAUUUUGGUGUACCCGUUGUUUUGGAGCCUUGUGGCCUGGCACAGCCCCUGUGCUGUUAUACAAGGACCAUGGCAAACUGGCUGACUGCAGACAUCUGUACAUGGUGUGAGCAAUACCUCUUGAAUGUGACUUCUAGUCAACAGCACAGCAUCCCUCUCAGGAGAUUUUCCUGGGCUUGA